CCCUUGAACAGUAGCCAGAUCCCACCAAAUUUCUUCCAAAAAAAAAUUGAAAUUUUAUCAUCGAUUUGAACGUUUUACAGUUCUAUACGUAAUCUGGGUGUUCGAUUUUUAGUAAUGUCGACAAGUUGCCCUUCGGAGGUCUUUUUUAGCUUGCAGAUGAGAUUACGUCAUCUCUGGAUCUAAGCUCUUGUUUUCAAAAGCGAAUCCGAAUACCAUGAAGACGCGAAAACUUUUUGGGAUUUCUCUUUCUCUCAUAAUCAUCAAUUUAGCCGCCAUAGUAGAGCGUACAGACGAAAACCUGCUUCCAUCUGUAUACAAAGAACUCAGCGAAACUUUCAAUGUGGGCCCCUCCGAUUUGGGCUACUUAAUGUUCAUGAGAAACUUUUUUCAAGGUCUGGCAUCUCCGAUGGCCGGAAUCUUGGUUUUAACCUACGACCGCCCUAGAGUUCUUGCAAUGGGCACCCUUUGCUGGGCGUUAUCCACCGGCGCGUUAGGUGGCAGUCGCUAUUUCAGUCAACUCGCUUUAUGGCAGAUUGUGAAUGGAUUUGGAUUAGCGAUCGUGAUUCCUUCACUCCAGUCGUUUAUAGCUGAUACUUACAGCGAGAAGGUGAGGGGAGCUGGGUUUGGGCUGUUGAACCUUGUCGGCAAGGUGGGUGGCAUUGGUGGUGGUGCGGUGGCUAUGAUUAUGGCCGGCCAUGAGUUUUGGGGUGUACCCGGGUGGCGAUUUGCAUUUCUUAUGAUCUCUGUGUUAAGUUGUGUAAUUGCUUGUCUUGUGUUCAUGUUCGUUGUUGAUCCUAAAAGACUAGUUACUGUUGAUCCUGAUAGAAAGGAACUUAUGGAGGGGAGUCGUGAUUCUGGUUCUUCUUCGGUUUGGAUUGAGUCAUGGAUAGCCAUGAAAGGUGUGAUGAAAGUGAAAACGUUUCAAAUCAUCGUGUUGCAGGGUCUUGUUGGUUCAAUCCCAUGGACAGCCAUGGUGUUUUUCACUUUAUGGUUCCAACUAAUUGGUUUUGAUCACCAACAAGUUGCAACACUUUUUACCCUUUUUGGGGCUGGGUGUUCUCUCGGAUCACUCUUGGGUGGGAUCAUAGCGGAUCGUUUAUCCCAAAUUUACCCUCACACGGGUCGAAUCAUGUGCGCGCAAUUCAGUGCAAUUAUGGGAAUCCCGUAUACUUUCUUUCUCCUACGUGUAAUCCCACAAUCAGUCAACAGCUACCAAAUUUACGCUAUUACCCUUUUCCUUAUGGGACUUACUAUAAGCUGGAAUGGAACGGCAGCCAAUGCACCAAUGUUCGCCGAAGUGGUCCCACCCAAACAUCGGACCAUGAUCUAUGCGUUUGACCGGGCUUUUGAAGGGUCAUUUUCGUCAUUUGCUGCACCUAUUGUUGGGAUUUUAGCAGAAAGGAUUCACGGGUAUGACCCGAAAUCCGUGGACCCGGUUGCGGGGUCCACGAGAGAAGCGUUAGCGCUGUCGAAAGCGCUUUUUUCCAUGAUGGCGGUUCCGUUUGGAAUGUGUAGUUUGUUUUACACCCCGUUGUAUCGGUUUUUAGGCUUGAUCGUGAUAAUGUGCGAAUGGCUAAUCAAAAAGAAGAAGAAAUGAUUUGAUUAAACAUGGUUGUAUACGA